AUGUGUAAGUUCACAAACAAUGUAGAAGAAGAAAAGGGAAAAAUAUCAACAAUGGCGGUUAGAGGAGGUAGACGAAAAGCUGUUGCGAUUGAAAUCAUGAGUUGGAUGAUAGUUUCAAAAACAGGUGAAUCCGUCGUUGAGAAUAUCGACAAACACUCCAUCAUGCGACGGACAGGGUUACCGGCGCGUGACCUUAGGGUUCUUGAUCCCGCGCUUUCGAGCCCUUCUUCCAUUGUAGGACGAGAGAAAUCCAUUAUUGUUAACUUAGAACACAUUAAAGCCAUCAUCACUUCAAGCGAAGUGCUCUUGAUUAAUCUUUCUAGCCCUUUAUUUAUUAGGUUUCUUCAAGAUCUUCAAGCUCGUGUUCAGUGUAAUAUUCAAACGUCUAUAUCUAUUAGUAGUGGUGUGGAUGGUGAUUCUGAAAGGAAACCUUUAUUGGAAGAAGGCUCGCCGAUCCUCAGUGAUUCUCGGAAUAAUGCAUGGGAGAGGAGUUUUGAGGAUGGUGCACCUGUAGUUGCGGCUGAGCUGGAUCGGAAACAGCUACCGUUUGAGUUUAAAGCUCUUGAGUCUUGCAUUGAGUCUGCUUGUAUGUGCCUUGAAUAUGAGACUCAGAGAUUGGAAGAAGAGGCUUAUCCCGCGUUGGAUGAAUUGACUUCUCAUAUCAGUACUCUUAAUCUUGAACGUGUAAGACAGAUUAAGAAUCGUUUGGUUGCGCUUUCUGGCCGUGUGCAGAAGGUAGCAGAUCAACUAGAACAUUUACUGGAUGAUGAUAAUGACAUGGCUGAAAUGUAUUUGACACAAAAGUUAGAAGCUCACUUAAUGGAUCAAACAUCAGUAAAAGAAGGAUACAAUUCAGAUUUUGAUGAAGAUGUAUACCAAAGUGAUGAAUCAAGUUCAGUUCAAGACAAAUCACAUGAAUCUAAGCCUAAAGUUGAAGAAUUGGAGAUGCUCUUAGAAGCAUACUUUGCACAAAUAAAUGGAAUCUUGCAAAAGUUGUCCAGCCUGAGUGACUAUGUGGGUGACACAGAGGACUACAUCAAUAUAAUGUUGGAUGAUAAGCGAAAUCAACUACUACAAGUAUCAAUCAUAUUCAACACAAUAAACAUGAUACUUAAUGCAGGUAUUGUGGUGGUUGGGUUGUUUGGCAUGAAUGUUAACAUUGCUCUCUUCGAUGGCCAACCUCAUCAAUUUUGGGCCACAUCAGCUGGCACGGUUUUGGGCUGCAUAUUAUUGUUACUUGUUUCUAUUAUGUGGGGUAAAAAUAGAUAUUUACUCUCUGAAUAG